AUGGGUUGGUUCGACGGUUAUAGCAAAUCUUCGUCAGGAUCGCGGCGCCGGUCAUCACCCACGCCUAGCGGCCACAGCACACACAGCAGACGCAGCAAAUCCGGCUACUCCACGCACCAAUCGCGCUCGACGCCAUCUUUCUUCGGCGGACUAGGCGGAAGCCGAACAGGAGGUCGAUCAAGCCCAUCUGUUUUCUCAUCGUUCUCAUCGUCGUCGCGACGGGCCCGUCCCCGCGAGGGAUUCGUGCAGCGCAUGCUCCGCGACAUCAAGCGUCUGUUCCGCGAUAUUUAUCGCUGGGCCCGUCGAAACCCUAUGAAGGUUUUCAUGAUGGUUAUCGUGCCGCUCUUGACUAGCGGUGUUCUGCCGAAACUGCUGGCUAUGAUUGGGAUUCGCUUGCCGCAUGCUAUUACCAGUGCCCUUGGUGGUGCUUCCAAGUCUUCUGGUGGUAUGGGUGAUAUGAUGGGCGGCGGCGGUGGUAGAGGUAUCUCGGAGAACAUUGGCAGUCUCAUGAGCAUUGCCAAGAUGUUUGCGUAG